AGAAGGUGGCGGCGCGGGAGAGGGCGGCUACGGCUUCUGCGGCGGCGCUCGCGAGAGAAGGUGGCGGCGCGGGAGAGGGCGGCUACGGCUUCUGCGGCGGCGCUCGCGAGAGAAGGUGGCGGCGCGGGAGAGGGUGGCUACGGCUUCUGCGGCAGCGCUCGCGAGAGGAGGUGGCGGCACGGGAGAGGGCGGCGGCGCGCGCUUGCACGUCGUUGGCGAGGGCUGCUACAACAUCUGCGCAGCGGGCGCGAUAGAAGGUGGCGCCACGCGAAAGGGGCGGCGGCAUCGUCUACCGCGGCGUCUUCACCGACGGCUACCAAGUUGGGCUCACUUGCAGUGCGGUGUAAUGGGUGGCAAAGAGCACGUUAGCCUGGAGGAAGUGGAAGAAUAUAGCAUGGUGGUAAACAAAACUUUUAGCAGCGAGGAGGAUGGCUAUGAGUUUUAUAAUUCAUAUGCAAAAGUGAAAGGGUUUGGUGUUAGAAGGGGCAAGACGAGGAAGAAAGGAGGCAAGGUGAUUUGGAGGAGAUUAUUGUGCUCGUGUGAAGGAUACAGGUCCACUGAACACUUUGAAAAGUCUGUUCAAGUAAGGGAGCCACGGGCGCUCACCCGUUGUGGAUGCGAGGCUAGGCUUGACAUUAAGCUAAAUGAAGAGAGUGGCAUGUGGUUUGUUACGGAUUUUAAGGAUUCACAUUCUCAUGCACUUGCUAAGCCUGGUGAGGCUUUUGUGUUGCGGUCUCACCGGUGCCUAAGUGAAGCACAGAAAGCAGAGGCCAUUGAGCUGGGAAUCGGCGGCCUUCGUACUUGUCAGAUAAUGGAUGUCAUGGAGAAGAACCACGGCGGUUUUGAGAAGACUGGGUUUCUGGCUCGGGACCUGUACAAUUUCUUUGCAAGGAAGAAGAAGAAAAAGGUUGAAGGUAGCGACGCUGACUUUGUUUUGAAUUAUAUGAGGGAGAAGCAAGCAGAAGACUCGGAGUAUUUCUUCAAAUACACCCAGGAUGCUCAAGGGCGGAUGAAAAAUAUAUUUUGGGCGGAUUCGCAAUCUCAGAUUGAUUAUGAUGUCUUUGGCGAUGUUAUGGUCUUUGACAGCACGUACCGCGUGAACCGGUACAACCUUCCUUUUGUUCCCUUCAUUGGAGUUAACCAUCACCGAAGUACGGUUGUAUUUGGAUGCGGUAUCAUUUCGAAUGAGAGUGUGUCAUCGUAUGUGUGGCUGCUUGAUACUUUUUUGGAGGCGAUGAACCAGAAGCAUCCAAAGUCACUGAUCACUGAUGGGGACGCCUCAAUGGCAAGGGCGAUUGAGAUGGUUAUGCCCGGGGCAGAUCACCGUCUGUGCAGUUGGCAUAUAGAGCAGAAUAUGGUGAAGUACCUCAAGGGUGAAAAGCUUUCGGAGUUCAGAAAAUUCAUUUACCAUUCAAUGGAGGUUGCUGAGUUCGAGAGGCGAUGGGUAGAUUUCAAGGAGACCCACAAAAUAACUGAAAAUGACGUAUGGAUAUGGAAGAUGUAUGAACUCAAGAACAAGUGGUCUGCCGCACACACGAAUGGGAGACACUUCCUAGGCAUGCGUAGUAACCAGCGGAGCGAGAGCUUGAACUCUAGGCUUCACAAGCAUCUAGACCGGACUAUGUCGCUUGUUGACCUGGUCGAGCAUUAUGAGUUCUGUUUGUCACGCAUCCGCAGGAAUGAGGCUGAGCUUGAUGCGAAAGCUUCGUUGUCCAUCCCAUUCACUAGGAUAACUGCGGACAUAUAUGAGAAAAGGGCUGCUCGUAUCUACACGCCGACAAUGUUCAGGAAGGUUAGGGUGCAAAUUAGGAAGCUACCUGAAUGGGAGGUUAAAAAGGUGACGAUAGUAGACGGAGUUGUGAGUUAUCAAGUUGCAUCCAUAGGUAACAGUGAGAACCACUUUGAUGUUAGUUGUACUUUUGAUGGCUCAAUGAUGAUGACAGCUAGGUGCCCUUGCCGGAUGAUAGAGUGCGAAGCCAUUCCAUGCCCACACAUAUUUGCUGUUAUGCGUUCUGUGGGUUUGGACACCAUUCCUACUUGUUGUGUUCAAAAAAGGUGGACAAUUCUAGCGAAGCUCGCAUUCGCCUCGAAUAGGUAUAGCAAUACCCAUGUGUGGUCAGAACAGAUGGACCGUUUCCAUGACCUCCGCAUGAAGGCUACUAUUGUUUUGUUCAAAGCUUCGAGGACCGAGGAGCAAUCGGAUAAGGUUAUGAGAAUCCUAGAUGCUAUUGGGGAUGAAGACGUAGAGAACAAUGGGGGCAUGGAGGCGACUUACUCUGGGCCUUUGCCAUCACACUUUUCUGGGGCCGCCCGAUCUUCUACAACAAGAGUACUCGAUCCCGAGAGGAUUAUUUCGAAAGGUGCUCCAUCGAAGAGAUUGAAGCGAUUUCAUGAAGCCUUGGGCAAAAAAAAAAAAUUACAGAAUCCUAAGUCUUCAGGUAACUGGUAA